UUUGAAGGUGCGGUUUACUUUGAUGGUUUAGAGCCUCGGCACACGUCUCAUAAACCUCUCCCAGCUCCACCCAACAGGAGGAGGAGACGAAGAAGCGAGAGAGCCUCCUGCCUCUCUCUGCGAGCCAGAAGAAGAAAGUAGGUCUCGUCACGCCAAGCAACAGAGUAAGAAUGGACUUGACUCUCCUCAAGGAGGCCAUUGCCUCCAAAUCAUAUGAUCAAGUUGCAGAUAUCUGUGAUGAACUCGAGCUCCAGUUUGCCGCUCGAGGAGUUAAUUAUCAGAAUGAAUGGCCAUAUGCAAUCCAUCUUCUAGGGCAUAUUUAUGUACAAGACAUUAACAAUGCAAGAUUUAUUUGGAAACGGACUCCAUCAGCAAUCAAAGAAAGCCAGCCUGAGGUUGUUGCAGUGUGGAAGAUAGGCCAGUGCUUAUGGACGCAUGACUAUGCUGGUGUACACGAUGCAAUUCGUGGAUUUGAUUGGAGUGCAGAAGUUAAGGAUCUUGUCAGUGCAUUUUCAGAGAGUUAUACUAAGAGAAUGUUCGAUUUACUCUCAUCUGCAUAUUCUACAAUAACUGUGGCUGAUGUUACUAAAUUUCUUGGACUCAGUGAGGAAGGUGUCACAAACUAUGCACUGCAGCAUGGUUGGACCAUUGAUCCAGAAUCGAAGAUGCUCACGGUUAGAAAGAUGCCGAAAGUUGUCCAACAGAAACUUGAUCCUAGCAAAUUGCAGAACUUGACAGAAUAUGUUUUCCACCUUGAGCAUUGAUGGGAGUUAGAUUUUAUGGCCUGGUUUAUUUUUGGCUAAGCAGUUUUUGGCAAUCUUCUGAGAGUGUUUGUUCCUUGGGUUGAAGAAGUGAUGAAGAUGUUGCAUUUUUGGCGAGUUGUUGCUUAGGAUGAGGGUAUUGCUAUAUAAUGAAUGGGAUACUUGGGUUGCUUGUCUUUUUGGAAACAUCUUUGAUUUCUCUGAAAAUCCCCUCCCCUGUAAGUUUUCGCUACUUUUCUUUUUUGGAAUAUGAUGGUAGGAUUGUUUAAUA